UCCUUUUCCAAGGCUCUGUCGCUUUCGGUCACUCCGUCACUGCCCACCAGGCUUUGUUGCUGGCUUGCUGCAGCUGAGCGUAUAAAUGACCAGCUUGGCCUCUCUGCACUCCGUAGUUCUUGAGAGCUUCUGACUGGUGCUGGUGUGUGCCUUCCAAGUGUGAGUGAGUUUUUGCGAGUUGCCAUGGGAGGCACCUUGGAGUACCUGUUGGGACUGCUGGGAGGGAGUGGAGGACAUGGCCACGAGAAGACGAAGAAGAGGAAGCAGCUGCAGACUGUGGAGCUCAAGGUCAGGAUGGACUGCGAGGGAUGUGAGCUCAAGGUCAAGAACGCCCUCUCCUCCAUGAAAGGUGUGGAGUCGGUGGAGGUGAACCGGAAGCAGCAGAAGGUGACGGUGGUCGGGUACGUGGAGGCCGGCAAGGUGCUGAAGAAGGCGCAGUCGACGGGGAAGAAGGCCGAGAUCUGGCCCUACGUGCCCUACAGCCUGGUGAGCCAGCCGUACGUCGCCGGCACCUACGACAAGCGCGCCCCGCCGGGCUACGUCCGGAGCGCGGACCCCGGCUACAUGCCCAGCGUCGCCGUCCACCACCACCACCAGCAGCAGCUCGGCCGGCCGCACGACCACCUCACCGACAUGUUCAACGACGAGAACCCAAACUCCUGCUCGGUCAUGUGAGGAGACCAAGAGGAGAGGUUGACGAUGAUGCUGGAGCUUCUCGAGAGAGAACCGGAGAUCGGGUGAAUGUUCAUGGUUUGGUCUGCUCAGUGUUAAAUUAAUCGUUUGUACCGAGGCGUGUAGCUAGCUGGUAGUACUACGAUGUAGUUUUCUUGUAGCUCCCUGCUUUAUGAUCCUCCUGCCCCGUCAUCGUUCGAUGUGUAUUGGCAGGAGAAUUUGUUUGUUUGCCGUUGAAAAACUUUGAAAUCGUCGUAUGACAAUUGACAAGUGUUGCGCCGCUGA